GUACAAGGAAAUAUAUGCUUGAGGUGAAAGAGCUGGCUGUGUCUGCAAACACCAGUGCUGUGGUGGGUUUAAGCCACUUUGGGGAUUUCAGUCAAAAGCUGCUGAAUACUUCUUCUGCAUUGUCCCAAGUUAAUGACACAUUGAGGAAAACUAGUGAACUUAUAACUGAUUCAUCCAAAGCUGCAAUCACAGCUGAAAAACAAGUGAAAGAAGUCGAAGCACAAGCAAGUAUUUUAUUGGAUAGGCUGAAACCUUUGAAAAUGCUAGAGGAGAACCUCAACAGAAACCUGUCUGAAAUUAAAGAGCUUAUCAGCCAGGCCCGCAAGCAGGCAGCAUCUAUUAAAGUUGCGGUAUCAGCAGAUAGAGAUUGCAUUCGUGCCUACCAACCCCAAAUUUCAUCUACAAAUUACAACACCUUAACACUCAACGUGAAAACUGCUGUCUACCUGGGUAGCAAUGGAAAGACAGACUUCCUCGCGGUAGAGAUGCGACGUGGUAAGGUAGCUCUUCUUUGGGAUUUGGGCUCUGGAUCAACAAGAGUGGAAUACCCUGAUUUUCAAAUUGACAACAACAAAUGGCACAGAAUACAUGCAACCAGGUUUGGAAAAACAGGUACGCUCAGGAUAGAGGAAAUGAACUCCAAUCAGAAGCCGUCAUCUAAAUCUGCAACUUCUCCAGGGACAGCCAGCAUACUGGAUGUUAACAAAUCAACCCUAAUGUUUAUUGGAGGACUUGGAGGGCAAAUCAAGAAAUCGCCUGCUGUUAAGGUGACCCAUUUUAAAGGGUGCUUGGGAGAGGCAUCCCUGAAUGGCAAAUCUAUUGGUCUUUGGAACUACAUGGAAAGAGAGGGCAAGUGCAAUGGCUGUUUUGGAAGCCCACAGGAUGAGGACACUUCAUUCCAUUUUGAUGGCAGUGGAUACUCACUUGUGGAGAAGGCACUCCGCUCAACAGUGACUCAGAUAAUAAUAUUUUUCAGUACCUUUUCACCUAAUGGGCUGCUUCUGUAUCUUGCUUCAAAUGGCACUAGAGAUUUCUUGUCCCUUGAGCUUGUUGAUGGCAAAGUGAGACUGACUGUUGAUCUAGGUUCAGGACCACUUGCUCUUACAACAGAAAAUCGUUACAACAAUGGAACAUGGUAUAAAAUUUCAUUCAGUCGGAACAAGAAACAAGGAAUUUUGUCAGUCAUGGAUGCAUAUAACCUUAAUUAUAAAGAAACCAAGCAAGGAGAAUCUCCUGGGGUUGCCUCAGACCUGCACCGCUCUGAUAAGGACCCAAUCUUCAUUGGUGGACUGCCAAGAUUGAGGACUAUGAGGAAAGGUCUUAAUAGUAGAAUGUAUGUGGGAUGCAUCAAGAAUCUGGAAAUAUCCCGUUCAACCUUUGACUUGCUUAGAAAUUCAUAUGGAGUAAGAAAAGGCUGUGUAUUGGAGCCUAUUCGCAGUGUGAAUAUCUUGAAUAAUGGAUAUAUUGAGUUGGUACCUAAGUCUUUAAGCCCAGAAUCAGAACUGAUGGCAACUUUUGCUACAAAGAACAGCAGUGGCAUCAUCCUUGCUGGACUCAGCAGGGGACUGGAAAAGCGACGACGUAGACAAGCACAUUUGCCCUUCUUUUCCAUCAUGCUGAUUGAUGGUCAUCUUAUAGUGCAUGUUAAUGCUGGAGAUAGAGCAAGUACUAGAAAAGUAAUUCUUCAGUCUGCUAAUGGAACAUACAGUGAUGGACAAGAGCACUCUGUCAUCCUAAUCCGGAAUAAGAGGAUCAUAACUGUACAGGUGGAUGAAAGUAACCCUGCAGAACUGAGGCUUGGUUCAUCGGCAGAAAUGAGCCCCUUGAAUAUUACCAACUUCUAUGCUGGUGGCAUUCCAGCAGGAGAGGGCAUCUUAGGGCUAAAAAUGGCUGGCUCUUUUCAUGGCUGUAUCAGCAAUCUCAUUUUUAACAAGGAGCUUUUGUAUUUCACCACUUCCAUGAAGUAUGAACAUGUCGAUAUGGACAGCUGCUUUUUGUCAGAGAAGCCUAAACCAGCCAUACAGCCAGAAGACAUUGAGAUUCAAUCCGAACUUCAGACUUUACCAGUUCCCCUGAGGCCUCUUACAGAUACAAAAAAAGUAGUUUGUACAAAAGAUGAGCUUCCUGAUCAUGUUCAAGGUGCCCAUCAGUUUGGACUCGCCAAAGGCAGCCACCUGACACUGCUUUUCAAUCAGUCUACUGUUAGGAAGAAACUUUCUGUCCAGCUGAAUCUCAGAACCUUUGCCUCCAGUGGCCUGAUUUACUACAUGGCUCACCAGAACCAGGUUGAUUAUGCAGCCCUACAGCUUCAUGGGGGACAGCUCUAUUUCUCAUUUGAUCUAGGCAAAGGAAAAGCAGUAGCUUUUCACCCUGCUGUUAUCAGUGAUGGAAAAUGGCAUACGAUAAAGACGGAGUAUGUUAAAAGAAAAGGUACAAUCAUUGUGGAUGGACAGGAAUUGGUAGCAGUCAGUGCUCUGGGAGAUGGUAGCACUUUGGAUGUGGAGGGGAAGCUCUAUGUGGGAGGACUCCCAUUAGACUACGUGCCGAAGAAUCUUGGGAACGUGACUCACAGUAUUUCUGCCUGCAUUGGUAGCAUGACAAUUAACAGCAAGCGACUGGACAACGAGAGCCCUGUCUCCAUCUUUGCUGUGAAUAAAUGCUAUGUAACAGUGCAGGAAGGUACUUUCUUUGAUGGGAGUGGCUUUGCUGCUCUUGUCAGAGAAGGUUACAAAGUCCGAUCUGAUUUGAACAUCACACUGGAGUUUCGUACGACAGCGGUGCAUGGCAUUCUGCUUGGGGUCAGCAGUGCUAAGGUUGAUGCUAUUGGACUGGAGAUUGUAAAUGGCAAGGUCUUAUUCCAUGUCAACAAUGGAGCUGGCAGAAUAACAGCUACGUAUGAACCAAGAGGCACAAAUAGUUUGUGUGAUGGAAAAUGGCAUAAGCUUCAAGCAAACAAAAGCAAACAUAGCAUUUCACUGAUAAUUGAUGGGAAUUUGGCUCAAACUGAUAAUCCCUACAUCCAGUCAACAUCUGCUGAUACAAAUAAUCCCAUUUAUGUUGGAGGCUAUCCGGCUGAUGUGAAGCAAAACUGCCUCACGAGCAAGAGCUCAUUCCAUGGCUGUUUGAGGAACCUCAUGUUGACCAAGGGCCAACAGGCAGAAUUGUUUGACUUCAGCAGAGCUUUUGACCUGCGUGGAGUCUUUCCUCAUUCCUGCCCUGGGGCUGAGCACUGAACUGCAACAAAGCCUGUCUGGACUGAGAGGUUUUUUUGUUGAUAUGUUUUUCUUCAUUCUCAUUUCGUAAUG